AUGUUGAAAAUUAAGCAAUCAUUAAUGAAUUAUUUUCCUUCGGACCCACGGAAAGGGCAAAUCGGUUCUAUAGAAUUGAAUUUAUGGUUAGCACAAAUAGCUGGGGUGUCGGUGAUGCGUCUAAGGCAAAACUCAAGUGAUAUAAAUAUUUUUAUUUUCAUUUACACGGUAAUCAUCACAAUUUUGGUAACCUUCGUUUAUACCGCUUGCGAAAUUUACGAUUUGGCUUUAAAUUGGUAUGAUUUAAAUAUUUUAACGCAAAAUAGUUGCAUAUCGUUAACGCAUUUGGCCGGAUUAGCUAAAAUAAUUAAUGCUUUGUAUAAACUGAAGGAUAUACAAAAAGUAUUGGAUAAAUUGAAAUACGGACUUAAAACUUAUACGACAUCCAAGGAGCAGCGGCAAACAUUUCUUGACGGAGAAUUGGAGAAUAAAUUAUUGUUAACCAUUUAUGUGGCCAUUGUGGCUACGACCGGUUUGCUGGGCAUGUUUGUAUUAUUCUUAAAUCCUGUAAAGAUGGCUGGGAAAACGUUUCCUUAUCGUGCUGUCGUGCCUGCGUGGGUGCCAUUUCCAUUGCAAUUGCUUUACAUGAGUCUUAGCGUUUUGAUAUUCGCCAUGCAAAUCGUAGCGAUUGAUUAUUUAAAUAUUAAUUUAUUAAAUCAAUUGCGCUAUCAAUUGAAUAUUUUGAGUUUAGCUUUUGAUAAGCUUAGCUCCGAGAAAGAACAAGAGAAAUGCCGCGCCAAUGACUCGCCGAUAUUUGGAAAGCAUUUAAGAAGCUUAAACACCAUUAUAGAACACCAUUGCCUAUUAAAGGAGGUUUGUCAAGAUAUUGAGAGCAUAUUUAGUGUAUCGAUUCUCUUGCAAUUCUUUACAUCUUUGAUUAUAUUCGCCAUGACGGGAUUUCAGGCUACAGUCCAAUCAGACGCCAGUAACGAAGCCAUUCUCAUUUAUUUCUAUUGUGGAUGCAUAUCCUGCGAGCUAUUUCUCUAUUGCUGCUUCGGCAAUGCGGUAACCGAGCAGAGCAAAACGUUACCUAUACGCAGUUUCAAUUCAUCCUGGUAUGAUUAUGAUGGCCGGUAUCGAAAAUCGCUUUUAGUGUUUUUAACAAACGCACAACAACCAUUUGUGUUUACAGCUGGAAGUUUUAUGAAUUUGUCGCUGCCCAGUUUUCUUGGUAUAAUAAGUAAAUCAUAUUCGUACAUAGCACUAUUACGUCAGCUAUAUGGACGAUAA